GAGGUUUGAACGGUGGCCCGUAGGUCGCGAUGACAAAUAAUUACAAUAGCACCUAAACAAAUACAUAGUUUGUUCGGUUACGACAGCGGAAACACGUUUCCAACCUUAUUUUGGACUAAAUUUUGACAUAUAUAAAAUUGCGUAACCUUUCUUUUUUAAUUCCUCGUUUGCUUACGUGUUGCCCAUGAAGGUUUCCACACAUUGCUCGUGACCCUCACGGUGCGACGUAUUACUUUUUAUUGGUGAAAUACCCCAAAGCACAUGGUCAUGUAGGUAUUAUAGCCUUUACCGAUGUAAUAAUGUAGCUCUGUAGACGUGUCUAGAGCCGCAAAGUGAUAGUGAAUUAGUGAUCGGUUCGAACGGUUAUAGACUCGUGGCCCGUGGUUGCCUCGAGCGGUGUGCGACUAUCUCUCGCCGGCGCGUGGCCGAAUUGUGCUAUAAAUCUAAUUUAGUUCAUAAAUCUUGCUUGAUCAAAUCACAUUAUUUUCGUAAUUUAUUAGUUUCAGUGUGUUGUUGUAUUGUUGUUGAUAUAAAUAAACACCAACCAUAGGACGACAAUAACCUAUUUAGUGAAGGUUCUUUCCAUGUGGUGAUAGUAAAAUUCCAACUUUUUGUACCUACUUAUUUAAAAAUGGGAUCACCAAAAAUUAAUAGUAAAAGUGGCUCUUUACAAUGGCACCUUGUCGUCAAGUACUUAUGUGGUCAGUACCAUCCAUAGCAGUUUUAUUGGGAAUAUUUUGGUUCAGAAGAAAGAGGGAAUUUGCCAAAUCUGACCCAGGAGGAAGAGAAAGGAUAAAAAGUUUAAAGGAAGAGCUUGCUGAAGCACUGAAUGCUGAAGUAGAAGCUAGGAAGCAUUCUCCAUUGGGCAAAGCAGAGCGUUCCAUUAUAAAAUCUGCCCCUAUUGAUAUUAUUCCUAAGGGCAGCAACUCCCAAAGAUCUUCUUUGGAAUUAACUGAUGAAGAGGUUGAUCUAGAAAUAGAAAAGAUCAUCAGAAAGAAGUCCAUAGACAAGGAUAAAAGAAUGUCAGGCUUUGAAAACCACAAUUCUAUUUCCACUGGCAUCAAAGAGCCUGCGUAUGUGGUUAAAGAUUCAUCAGCAUCCAGCUUGUUUUCAGCUUCAGUCAAAUCAGAAAUGCCUUGUAGCACAAACGAGGUUGUCAUUUCUUCUGUCAAUGAUACAAAUAUGAAAUCCAGAGGAUUUAUACUUGAAAAGAAUGAAAAAGAGGUUUCUCAAAAAACUAACUCAAAAUUAGACAGUGUUGGAUCUGAAGAGAACACUAAUGAAGACAGUACAGCAGCUGAUACUGAAGAAUUAAAUAUUGAUAAUAAUUUAGUUGAUGUACCUAGAGAUAAUAAUGAGAAUAAUAAUAGAUUCUCCAAUACACAAACUAGACGCAUAUCAGAGAGAGACUCUGCAAACCACAGCCCAGUGGACCCCAUGCUAGCUAGUCCAUCAAUGUGUCACUUCUCAGAUAACCACAGUGAGGGUUCAAGUGACAGUGGAAAAGGAUGUUCAGAGGCGGCCAGUCCUCCCCCAGCUAAUAUGAAUAUGGUUCCAUCUGAAACCGCUCUUAGAAUACACCAGUUUGUAAUACCUCAGACCCUAGUUGGUCUUUUGAUAGGAAAACACGGGUCCUUCGUGACCCAAAUUAAAGCCAAAACUGGCGCUAAUGUGUAUGUUAGAAGACAUCCAGAUUCUGUCAAACAAAAAAUAUGUGCAGUAGAAGGAACUCAGAGUGAAAUUGAAGCAGCUUUAGAAAUGAUAAAAGAAAAAUUCCCUGAAAAGAGAUUCCCUAACUUUUCACUACAAGAAAUUAGUGCCGAACUAUAUCAAAGACUUACUCCUCUAGUACCAGAAUUUCUACAAUUGCAGUUGGUGGAGUCGGUGAACAACGACACGAUCAUGACGUGCCUGGUGAGCGCGGGCCACUUCUUCCUGCAGCAGCCGCUGCACCCCACCUUCCCGUCGCUGCACGCGCUGCACCGCCUCAUGGCCGCCACCUAUCAGAAUCCGGAUGUUCCGUCUCUACCACGCCCUGUGAAAGAGGGGUCUAUAUGCGCGGCGCCUACAGAGAACAACUGGUACCGCGCCCAGGUGAUCUCCACCUCUGAAGAGAAUGACACGUCUGUGGUGAAGCUGGUGGACUUCGGCGGGUACCUCACCGUCGACAACGACCAGCUCAAGCAGAUCCGCUCAGAUUUUAUGACACUGCCCUUCCAGGCAACAGAAGCCCUUCUGGCGUUUGUGAAACCAGCUAAUAACGAGCUUGAGUGGAGCGGCGAGGCUCUCCGCAUCAUGGCGGGUCUGACGGCCGGGCAGCUGCUGCACGCGCAAGUGGCCGGCUACGACGAGGCGGGCCUGCCGCUCGUACACCUCUACCUCACACUACACCCACAGCAAGUAAUAUUCCUAAAUAGAGAGCUAGUGGAACGCGGGCUGGCGGAGUGGGACAUGCCGGCGGACUCGUGAGCGCCCCGCCGCGCCGCCGCCCGCCGCCCCGGCCCACUCGCGACGCUAACUAUAUUGACGCUGACUAGUAAUAUGGAUUGCAUUUCAAUGAACACCUUGUACAUAGAAGCUGAGGCUUACCGACUAUUUUAGUGACAGGUUAAUAACACAACGCAUUACGAGCGCGAACUGUUAAGUCUCACUUUUGUUUACUUUGUACAAGUUGUGACUUAGGACUUAAAUCAUUAAAGAUUUUAUUUGUACUAGUUUACUUUCAGUUUUGACUAGUUUGCGGCGUUUUACAUGUUUUUUUUUUUUUAAUUUUCAGACUGGUAUCUGUUAUACUGACUCAUUUAUUUUUAAGUAGUUAAUUAAAGGAGAAUAGGAUACUAACCUACGUACCACUACGGUAGCGCUGCUCCCUAAAAUAUGUGAUGUUCUUAAUUGCUUCUUAAUCUUGAUAUUUUUUUGUCUUAAGCUCCCACGAGUGGAACAUUUUAAAUACGGUACGCUUAAACUACGAAUGCGUAGCUAAUAAUGCAGAUUGUUUUAUAGUUAAAUUUAGAUUAUUAUAAACUUGGCACCUAAUUUAGGUCCAUUUCUUAAUUUAAUUUUACAAUUUACGGCGUUAACAAAUAUGUCUUGCAUCAAAUAUUUCAGGAUGCUCAUUAUAAUAACACUGCCAUCUGCAUUUUGGUUUCCAGCGCAAUCUUAUGACCUAUUUUUUUAAACCUUAUUAUUUUUUGAUGUGAUUUACGUGCCAAAUCAAACAGUUGUUCAUAUUAUGAAUUCGGCGUCACACGUCGAUACGGCGAAAUAUUGCAAUUUUGUAAUCAAUUGCAAAUGGCUACAAUGCCAUAUAAUUGAAGAUGUGCCUUUUACGUAAUGGAUUCAUUCCAUUUAUUAUUCCUCCAACUCAUUACUUGUAAAAUAUAUUAUUUGUCACAGAUGUUGCAUUAACAGAUAUUUUGAUUUAAAUCAUACAUCGAAAACUGCAUACUAAUGCAAUUAGGUACCUGUCACUUCAUUGUGCAAUUGUGACAAAAAAGUAUUUUAUUUACGUUACGAAAUAGCAAAUCAAUGCAAAAUAACUAAUAAUUAACAGUGUGUUUUUGUUCUUUGUAUAAAUUAUGAACGACUGAAGAUGUAUAGUUAUGUAGAAUUUAUUGUAUAUUAAAUAGCUAUGUAAAAAGUACAGUUUUGAGUGAUUGGUUCCAGUGAAGGUAAAAUUGUAUUGGUAUGAAUUUCUUCCUUUUGUUUUUCGGGUUAUAGUAAAAUGGCUAGAACUGAGCACGAAACCAAGAUAUUUCUACAUUUUCCCUCCGUGAGUGUAUCCAGAUCUUUCCUACUACACCUACUUACUUUUAGAUUUCCUAGCAUGUAAUAUACAUUUGCAAAUUCUGGCCAUUUUAUUGAAUCAUGCAUCUAAGUACUACCAAUAUAUGUUCUCUUUCAGAUGGCAUAAAUUGCAUCAACAUACAAACACUGCAAUUUUGUGAAGCUUGUGGUAAAUGAUUAUUUGUUUAUAAUGAGCAAGUUGUUAAAUAUCCUGAAUAUUUAGUUAUAUAGUGUACAUAAUAGCGUAACGUAGUUUUUAAAGUGAUUUAAUAUUUCUGUUUUUAAAGAAAAUUCAGUAUUUUUAAAUGUUGGAAAAACCAUUGUCCUUUAGUUCCAUUUUUUGUAUGCGUAUUGUGUAGUGAUCUUGGGAAGCUUAGAAUGCGAUUUUACUGUAGUUAUUUUUAACAGCGUAUACUCCGCUGUAUUUAUUUUGGUACAUUUUUUCUUACGUAGCAAGCCACUGUUGACUAUUUUUAAAAUCACGUGUUUGGAUUAGCAACGUUAAUAUGUGAUGAAACGGUUAGUGUACUGUACUGAAUACCUUGUGAACAGCUGGCUCUCCGUUUGCAUUUUGUUGACGUCCCUAUUGUAUAUAGAUAAUAUAUUUGCGGUUAAAUCAAUAAAUUAUCGUUUUAAAAGUGA